GCGCGUCUGCUCUUCUUUUUCCUCCCCUGCACCGAGCAACAAGACCCAGGCCCCCCGACGCACCUCCCCUCUGAAAACCGGUGAGAAAGCUUGGUUUUUGCCUUCUUUCUUGUCCAAGAACCAGAUUUGGAGCUUAGAAUCCCCCCCCCCUCUCUGCAGAAAUUCGGAUCUGCCCUGCUCUGCUUCUUCCGUCCACUGCUCUGCCGUGUGUGGGGGUGAGUUUCUCGGUUUUUCUGUGGCGUGAAAGCUCCUCCAAUUUCCCGCCGGCCUUCCCCAAACUGCAUUCCGGUUGUGCUAGGAAAAUUCUGGAAGCGAAACUGAGGACAGGGAAACCACGGGAAGUGACGAGUUAGAAGGCUAGCCAUUUUGUAAAUUGAAUAUGGAUUUUAGAUGUAGAUCAUGAUCUUGGUAAGACCAAUGCAGAGAAGGAUUGAGAGCAGUGAUGGCGAGUUUUCCUUCCUAGGGUUUCUCUUCGGCAUAGGAGUUCCUUCUUCCCUCCUUUCUUCUUGCCCCUCCCCUCCUCCUCUUAAUCUCCUCCUUCCUCUUGCCGCUAUCUUGCUUUGGAAACUCCAACCCAAGGGACCACAAGAAUCUCGCUUUGGUGCAUCUUCUCAGAUGGGAUCUUGGUUGGAGUUGAAUUCGUCAAAUUUGGUUCACACCAGUUCCCAAUUAGCUAGUCGAUUGCCAAAGGAAAGGGAUGUUGUUGGUAAAGCCGGCUAUAGUUUGCGUGGGAAGCGUGAUUUUCAAGUCGGCAAAGGGGUUCUAGUUCCCUUAAUGAGUUUCGACAACAUGGGUUUGAAGGAGAUCAGCAAAGAUGGGAACAUGAUUGGGAGUAUAUGGAGGCGACUGGGGAGCCUUGUGCUUGUCAUGAAAAGGCCCAUACCCCUUUUGAUUGUUCUUCUAUAAGAACAAGUAGGGUGGCAACUUGUUGGUUGGGGACUGUUUGUUGCUGGAAUCUCUUACUCUUCCCAUGAAGCUGGUUAAAUAGGUGAGGAUGUUUAGUAGUUCUUAAUGCUCAUAGUGACUCUCCUUUCUACAUUAGUAGCCCUAUUUAACCCAUACAAUGAUUGUAAAUUCAAUCCCUAGUUGUAGAUAGCUCUCUUUGCUUAAUUGUCUAUAUCUGUCAUUGGCAUAAUUUAAAUAUGUUACUAAUGCUAUAGGUUAUGCUUCUGAUUUUGUCCUUAGGUUAUUUUGAUUUUACUUAUAUGCUAUGAGAUAGAGACUCUGUUGUAAUUUCUUAUUAUUUAAUAUAUUUCUCUAUUUGCC